UAAUCGAAGUUGCAUGCCAUCAUAAUCGAUCAGCUUGGUCACCUGCACCAUAGCUAGCUACUAUAAAUGUUUGGUCUUUAACCGAGCUACGGUAGCUAGCUAUAUAAGUAUACGUGUGCAGAAUAGCAACCUCUAGCUAUAUAAUGGCUUCUGACAAGGACAAGAGGUUUCGUGUGCAUGUUGUCAAGGAGCUGUAUGAGACUGAGCGUGACUACACACAGCAGCUUGAGUUUACAGUCACUCACAUUCUCCAAAAAGCCAGAGAGAAAAGUGAGUAUGACAAGGACAAGUUAGAGUCUGAGAAGAGCUUCACCCCCGAGAGAAUUCAGACCCUUUUCUGCAACAUUGAGGACAUCCUUGCCUUCCACAAAGAGCUCCUGACUCACCUGGAGAGCUGCAUUGGUAGCAAGGGACCUGCCUACGACACGGAGAUAGCCAGCUGUUUUGUACGACAAAAGGAACGGUUUGCCCUCUACAAGGAGUACGGAGAGUGCAAUGAACAGGCACAAAAACUACUCUACGAGCUCUAUGAGAAACCUGUCUUUAAAGCUUUCUUUGUGGCGUGCAUGCUUCUUGGAGGCAAGAGUGACGAGGACAUCAGUGGACUCGUAUUCAAACCCAUCCAGAGGAUCUGCAAGUACCCACUCCUGUUCAGGGAGCUAAGCAAGUAUACCCCAGUGGGUCACCCAGACUAUGAAGGCACGCAGGAGGCCCUGGCUAUAAUGAGAGACGUGUGCUCAGUCAUCAACGAGGCCAAACGUCGUGUGGAGAAGCUGGAGGAAAUCGCCGACUGGCAGGCCACUGUUGAGGGUUGGGAGGGGACUAACGUCAUUGACACCUGCAAUCAUCUCGUUAAGGAGGGACCUCUCAUCAAAAUAUCAGCUGGGAACACUCAGGAGCGUCACUUUCAUCUGUUUGACAAUUUGUUUGUCUACUGCAAGAAAACGACGCAGUUACUGAGCAAGGGCAAGGGGUUGCUGUUCAGAGGCAGAGUGCCAGUCUCCAACUUGGACAUUGAGGACAUUGAAGAUGGAACUUCUGACUACUAUACUAAUGGUAUAGCAGUGAACAACAGCUGGAAGGUUCACAAUGUGGCCAAGAACAAGUGGUUUGUACUGGUGGCUGGCUCAGCAGAGGAGAAGCAGUCCUGGAUGGAUGCCAUUCGCAAGGAGAAAGAGAAGAAAAAACGUCAGCAGGCAGCUUUGGCCCAAAACAACCGAGCCCUGGCCCUGGACAAAGGGGAGAAGAUCUAUUACCAGAUGAGACAAGACAAAUUCAUGAAGGACCACAGGUCUCGACUUCGGACUUACCCCAAUACAUUCUCUGGGCAGGAGUUUGUGGGUUGGCUAAUAGAGAAGGAGGAGGCAGCUGAUAAUGGCGAGGCUGUGUUAUUGGGACAGGCGCUCCUCGAGAAUGGAGUCAUUCAUCACAUAUCUGACCGUCACCAGUUCAAGAACGAUCGAGACCUACUCUAUAGGUUUAGGUAUGAUGAUGGCACCUUCCGCAGCAAGAUCAUCAGCAGUGAUGUCACAGCUAGGGGGAUCAGGGUCUACCUCAGGCUCCACGGCCAGUUUGAGCCCCUCGUCAAAGGGCAGAAGGUUGCCGUUGGUCUACGUACUAUGAGCACUAUGAAGAGUGUGGUAAGCUCCCAGAAACUCAUUGACUGGUGGCAAGCUGAGACGGAUAUUCACAGUCGGCAAGCUGGGGUGGACCUCGGACAAGAGCUCUUUGCUACUGGUUUCCUCAGACAUGCUACUGAUGAGCAGAACUUCAAGGACGGGACGUUCCUGUAUCGAUUCACUGCUGACGAUGGUCACGAGGGGCUCAAGGAUACUCAGAGGAGGCUCACGGGCACACCUUCCAGGAUUGACUUCAAUAUAGUAUCUGUCAGUACCUGCAGAACUAUCACAUUGCCUUACCUGGAAGCAGAUCAGAGCUAUGGGCUGGAGCUAAGUGACUCACACCCUGUUACUGUCAAGACUGUUUCCCCUGAAGCACAGCUCCAUGGUGUGUGUGAAGGACAGUUUGUGCUGGCCGUCAAUGGAAUGUACACCACUGCACUGAGCCACGUUGAUCUGCUGAGUCAAUUGAGCUCCAAGCACAGAUGCCCUCCACCUCUCACGCUGCUCAUCUCACGUCCAGGUACUUCAGAGUAUGCCACACUCACCCCCUUGGCAGGGGGGCUGGGCUUCCAUAUCAAGGGCAACUCACCUGUCAUCAUUCAUGGAAUAGAUAAAGGUUUUGCUGCUUCCCAAGCUGGCAUCAUCCCUGGUUGCUGUAUUCUAAAGGUCGGGGAGGAAGAAGUCCUCAAUGCCAGUCAUGAUGUAGUCGUCUCGGCCGUAAGAGGCUCCCUCUCUCGCUCUAAAGUGGAGCAAGGCAAGUCUUCUGUGAGGCUCAAGCUCAGCUUCCCCUUCCUAGAGCAGCUGUCCCUCUACAAGUACGAGUGUGCUGACACCACACUAGUGGAGGUGUUUGAGAGGACAGUGGAGUCACCGUACACCUUUUCACUCCCUGCUCAGUUGUUGAAGCUGUAUGCAGUGGAGGCGGAUUAUGUGAUAUCGCUGGUCUCUGAGUCAGGGGUUACUAAUGAAAAAGUCACUGCUUAUCUGAGGGAGCUCAAAGGACUGUCAACUGCUUAUGCUAAGAUAUCGAUGAUCCUGUCUAUUCCCCGUUGGCCGUCUUACAAGCUACACGGCUCUGGAAAUUCACCUGUCCUAGAGCCGUGUCCCACCAACCUCCACACCACCAUCAUGGAUGUGAUUACAGGGGCUUCCCCCUCUCCACCGUCCACCCCAACUACACCCAAUGCCACAGAUGAGGACGUACCAGAGGCUAGCACUCAGAUCACCAGUUACGUCAUCUCCAGUAUGGCCAUACCAUCACUGAAUGGCCAUAACAUCACUGUUAAUAAAUCUGGCAGGGAUGUGUUAACCGAUGAGACAACAAGGAGAGAGCUGGUGAGGGGUCUUACCGAUCGAGUAGCUGAGAUAGAGAAGGACCAUGAGUCUAUCAAAAGGAUGAUGAUUGAGAUUCAGGGCUCUCCAUCCCCAGACUCUGACACUGAGAAACCCAACGGAGAGCUUAACCAUUGUGACCUGACUCUCUCCCUCUCACCCCCCAUCCCAUCAUACCUGCACGCUGACAUCACACCCUCCUCCUCCCCCCUUAUGGCACGUCGUAGGAUAGUCUCCAUUAGUAACCCCGUCCCGAUACUCAAGCUGGUAGUGGAGGGGUUAUUGCAGAAGACGGAAGCAUUGCUGAAGAGUCUUGAGGACAGACUUUUGUUGAGUGUACUAGAUGACACUUCUGGGAUUCUAGUGCCCACCGGCAAAGAUCUGAUUGCGCAGCUAUGUAAGAGACUGACCACACUGUCAGAAGAGGUCAAGUUGUGCACUCAAAAACCAGGGGAAUCAUUGGGCAAGGCCGUUAGUGUCCUCAUAGACACUACACACAAGUGCAUUAACGAUCUGUGUGUAAGACUGUGGAUCUCCCUGGCUCUCAUUGACAGUGUCCCACUGCUUGAAACCAGAGACAAGAUGUUCAGCCAGUGCCUGGUGUCAGUGGUCACAUCGUUUGCCCAUUCCCUAGUAAAGGCGAUCAAAGGUCAGCUUAACCCCGGAGUGGAGUACGAGACCAAGAACCAGGACGCCAGUCGGCAGUGGCUGCAGAUGGUCGCCAAGAAAGGACUAUUUGUACACAUGCAAUCCACAAUGCUGCCUAAUGAGAGCUCGGAGCUGAGUGCUUUGAGGAACUUGCAGUUCAUUCACACUAAGUUGUCCAGUGUGGUGUUCCAUGUCACUGAUACCACCAGUCCACAGCACCUGCCCUGCACUGACCUCCCCCCUGUCACGAUCAAGGGCAGUCGAGACCACCUCCACGUGUACUAUCAAGUACCACGAAAAAUGUGUGAUGAGCUGCCAGAGAAAUUUCGCUCAGAGUCUGGAAUUCAGAUCAUACCAGUGCUCUUCAAUAAAGGUCUAAUCAGCUUAGAGGAAGGAGCAGCUGGGUAUGACGAAGAGAGGGCUCUCAACAUACAGUCUUUUAAACAGCUCAAGAAGUAUUACCAAGGACUGCGUGCAUUCAGAUUAGACAAGUCUAACCUUCCUAGUGACAGUGACGCCAAACUUGUGGCCAUUCACCAAAUCUCACAGCCCCUCAAUGCCAUGGACAUUCUCGUGCGACAAGUGGAAGUGGCUGUGAAAGAACCAACUCGACCAGGUGUAGGCCUGCUCUCCUUAGCUGCCGAGGUGGCCACUAGAAUUGGGGCUCUGAGGAUCAAUGUGUGUGAUUCUGGCGUGUUCCGGUCUGGACUGGCUACUAGUUUAGAGCAAGUAAUGGUCCUCGGUCGAUGUCACGGACUGCCAUUCAAGUGUUUUAGAACAACUUUGAAUAGAGUUCGGAGGAAGGGUGGAUUCUCAUACGUCGUGAGGAAGAACAAUGCUGACAUUAGCAAAAGCUUGCCAACCCAGCCUCCAAAAUUGUACCAACUUCCACCAGAUACACGUGAAGCAUGAGACAAUGUUUUUAGCACAUCCACCGAGACAUUAUACAGGACUAUCAACGACUUUUUUUUAUGAGUAGGCUUUGUCACAUGUUUUAAUUAUUUUGUGUUGAAUGAAUUUGUGUUGAAUGAUUUCUGUAAUAAUAAUAUUAUUUAAGAAACACACUCUCAAUAAUUAUUAAUGUUUGGAAUUUGACCAAUAUUAUUAUAAUUACCAGUUGA